AUGACAUCCACCGACGCUGCCAUGGCUGAGUCACAAGCCAAGACGAUUGACGCAGCACCUGAAGUAGGGCAGAACAUCAGCCACGAGGGGAAAGAGUACACUACGAUCAAGGAGGGACUGGCGCACAUCCUCGUACCCCACGACACACCUACAUCGACCGACCCACGCAUGUCCAAGGAAGACACACAGAAGCAGCAGGUCUUCUACAACCCCAUUCAGCAGUUUAACCGCGACCUGAGCGUGCUUGCGAUCAAAACAUUUGGGCUCGAUUCGAUACAGAGGAAGCAGGAUAGACGUGCGAAACAGUUGAAGAGAGGGCCCAAGAAGCACAAGGGCCAAGGGAAAGGCGCAGUGGAGGAGGAGACGGCAGCUGGAGACGAGGAGGCCACCUUGAAGCGCAAGCUGGCAGAAGGCGAGGCAGACGACAGCGCUGCGCCUGCAAAGAAGCAAAAGCUCGCAGGGAAUGGAGACACGGCAGAAGUGGCCGAGGCAGCACCAGCGCACGACGGGCAAGAAGCUACUUCAAAAGGACCCACACCGUGGAGAGCACCGUUUACCAUACUCGACGCUCUCUCUGCAACUGGUCUGAGAGCUUUGCGUUAUGCGAAAGAGAUUCCUUUCGCGACAUCCAUCACGUCCAACGACAUGUCGAAGAGUGCCGUGGAAUCGAUCAAGCUCAACGUAAAGCACAACAAGCUGGAAGACACCAUCAAGCCCAACAGGGGUAACGCCAUAGCGUACAUGUACAGCUACUGCGACCAGAAGGGCUACGACGUGAUUGACCUGGACCCGUACGGCACAGCAGCACCUUUCAUCGACUCGGCCAUCCAGGCGAUCGACGACGACGGCUUGCUUUGCGUCACCUGUACAGAUUCCGCCAUCUUCGCGUCACAUGGCUACCUAGAGAAGACGUAUUCGCAAUAUGGCGGCCUACCCUUCAAGGGCGAGUCCUGCCACGAGGGAGGUCUGCGGCUGGUUCUUCAUGCUAUUGCAUCGUCAGCUGCACGCUAUGGUAUGGCGAUAGAGCCUUUGCUGUCUCUCUCCAUUGACUACUACCUCCGAGUGUUUGUACGAGUGCGCAAAGCUCCCAACGACGUGAAGCUCCUCGCUGGCAAGACGAUGCUUGUUUACUCUUGUGACAACGGCUGCGGCGCGUGGACAACGCAGUUCCUCGCGCGUAACAAGGUCACAAAGAACAAGAACGGCGACCCAUUCUACAAGCAUGGGUUCGCCGCAGGUCCUUCGGCAGAUGAGCACUGCAGACACUGCGGGACGAAGACGCACGUUGUCGGACCCAUGUACGGUGGUCCCCUGCACAAUGUAGGAUUCAUCGAGAGAGUGCUCGCGCAGCUGAACGAGGUUGAUCGCGAGACGUACCCUACCAUGGACAGGAUAGAGGGUAUGCUUCGCACAGCUAUGGAGGAGAUCACGUUCGGGGUCAAGCCAAAGAAGGAGAACAGAGCGCAGGUCCUUGACCCUCUCGUUCCCAAGUCUGACCCUGCGAAGGUGGAUCACCACCCGUUCUUCUUCAUCCCCAGCUCGGUCUCCCGGGUCGUGCACUGCUCUGCGCCACCGACUGCAGCCCUGCGCGGCGCGCUCCGACACGCUGGCUUCCGGGUGACAAUGAGCCACUGCAAGCCUGGGUCGAUCAAGACGGAUGCGUCUUGGACAGACAUCUGGCACGUUAUGACAGAAUGGAUCCGCCAGAAAGCGCCCCUCGCGAAUCCUCUCAAGGAGCACACUGCAGGCCGCGCAAUCAUGUCGAAACCGGUGCUGCAUGCUGAGGAGCGCAACGGCGCAGGGGAGGACGUCACCAGCGUGGCAGAGUCGACGGCGCAGCAUGGGGAAAGCGCUGAUGUCGAGAUGGGAGACACAGAGAGGACUUGGCGAGCCUCGUACUUGGGCACGAAGUUCCCAGUCAAGUUUGACGAGACGCUGGGCAGAGAUGCCGACAGAGGCAAGUACGUCCGCUAUCAGCUUGCACCGCGAGAGAACUGGGGCCCCAUGUCGCGGGCAAAGUGA